CCUAACUAUCUUCAGUUUACCCCUUUGAAUUAAGUAAAGGAAAAACACAAUUUGUAAUCUACCUGCUAUUGCCUACAACAUUGUGUCUUUCACUCAGAUGUGCGUCUCUAACCCGGGUAUGCCUUUUUGAACCAUUUUCUUGGUUGCCCUCAGUAUGAUUACCAAUCAAGGUUCAAACCCGAAACCUUUUGUGAGGACAUCAAAACACAUGAUCUCUAGCUAGCCCACCUUAAUUAGUGAUGGCUAUCACUUACCCUUUUUAGACUUGUGUUUUUUCCAGAGAUCAUGGCUGGGGAAUGGGUGUCAAGAGAAGUUGCUAAUGUGAAACAAGGAACUAUACAAAUCAUUGUCCAAAGUCUUGUUGACCGUGUCAAAAAGCCAAGAGAUAGCGAUACAAUUUCAUCAAUUUAUAUAGCUCCUAGUCGGAUUAGAGAUCUCAAUCAUAGGUUGUUCACUCCUAGGGUGGUCUCUAUUGGACCUUUGCACAAAGAAAAAAUGAAUUUGAGAUCAAUGGAAGCACGAAAAGCGGCUUAUUUAAGUGAUCUAUUGUCUGAGGUAGGCUCCAUAGAGGAAACAUUGAACAAAUGUGUGCAAAAGGUGCACGAUAAAAUAGAAAGAAUCAAAGCAUGUUAUGAUGGAAUGAAGACGGCAUAUAAUGAUGUUGAAUUAGUUCAAAUGAUGGUCAUGGAUGCUUGUUUCAUACUUCAGUUCAUUUCUAAGCUCUCUGGAUCUGGUAACAUACUUUCAGAUAACCGUUUGCGCAGCAGGUCCAUUGCGUUGGACUUGGUGUUGCUAGAAAACCAGAUCCCCUUUUUUGUUCUCAAGGACAUCUAUGAGAUCAUUACUGUCAAGAAAGUACAAUCAAGAACCCCUCUAAUUACCAUGCUUUGUAAUUUACUAGCACAUAUCAACCCCUUUAAAGAGUGCAUAAAAAUGGACAAUCUUGGCCUCGAAACAACUCAUGAUCACAUUCUUGGCCUUUUGCACAAAGUUUACCUACCCCAAAAUCCCAACGUACCAAAAAUAUCAGUACUUCCAACAGCCCACUCAGCCGUAGAAUUGGACAAAAUUGGGGUGAAGUUUAGACCUAAAGAUGAAAAGAUUUGGGCAUUGGCUAUGGAGUUUCAAGCGUCUUCACAUAAGCCUACACUUAGAAUGCCUGUUGUGGUUAUUGACAAUUUCUUUGAAGUAGUUGUGAAGAACCUCAUUGUAUAUGAGCAAUACGGUCCAGUUCACAAUUAUGUAACAUCGUAUGCCAUGGCACUUGAUAUGCUAGUUGCUAGCCCGGCAGACAUAGCCAAGUUGGGAGAAUCAGAUGUCCUUGUCAACCACUUAGGUUCAAAUGAAAAGGCUUCAGAUACGAUAAAAAACAUAUGCAAAGAUGUUACCUUUCUCGAUUUCUAUUACAUUGAUUCGUGGAAAAAGAUGGAUAUCUACUACAAAAGUUAUUGGUCCAAAUGUAUCGGGGUGUUGAAGCAAAGAUACUUCAGUAGUCCAUUGAAAGCAGUUGGCCUACUUGCUGGGAUAAUAAUAUUUAUCGUUACGGUUGCUCAGUUCCCUUUCCAAAUUAAGCAAAGCUAAUCGUUUUUCUUAACUGGAUACUACCGCUCAAGUUUGUAUAGUUUGUUUUUCGCAAUCACAUCAUUUUCGCCCUCAAUUAGUGUUUGAGGUGGGUUUUGGUGCUCAAGUGUUCUCUUUAAGCAGUCUCUGUAUAUUCUACAUAUGGUUUUCCUCUAUGUGGUUAUGUACAUGUUUA